UUUUUUUUUUUUCCUCCUCCACACUGAACCUCUCCCUGCAGCACUCACAGGCGCGCGCGCCCCGUCUUCCCGUCACAUCCGAUCUGUUCGCACUGCACAGAAAUGAGCAUCGAAACACUUCUGGAAGCUGCCAAGUUUUUGGAAUUACAAGCCCAGCAACAACAGAAGACACAUGAAGAUGAGUUAAAGGAGCGGCUGCAUCUGGAACAGCUGACAGAGCAAAAGCGCUCUGAAGUGAACUCGCCAGUCCAUACAAAUAAUGUCAUUAAAGCAGAGGAACUCUGCACAGAGUGUCACACAGAACCUAUUCCUCCCACUUUGCCUCCCCUGUCCAUGCCCGUUGAUGUCAUCCCCGUGGUCACCCAGAAUCAUGCAGGCUUACCCACUCCCUCGGCCACCACGCUGUCUCCUCCAGCUCCUCCACAGAUUGCCUCCCCGUGCCGAGACCCUCAGUCCUUUCAGGAGCAAAGUGUGACUGUUCUGCCACCCUCUCCUCAGCCCAAACCGGACCAGCCCACCUCUGUGCUGGCUGCCGAGCACACACAGCUGCUGCACAAUCACCACCACCCACAGCUCGUCCUGCCCACUAACAACACAAAACUGCACCAGCAGCUGGUCCAGUGCUAUCACGGUUCCAUUGUCUCACCUCCGCAGCACCACGCCUUAGUUCCACCGUCUGCUCUGCUCCAGCAGAACGAUCCCAUCAGCCGGGGGAGCAGCACCGAUGACGGAAAUUGUCUGGACAAUAAGAAGCGUCCUGGAGGGGCAGGUACAAGAGAAGUGCACAACAAGCUUGAGCAAAACAGACGAGCACACUUAAAGGAGUGUUUCGAGACUCUGAAAAAGAACCUUCCCAACAUAGAUGACAAGAAGACCUCCAAUCUGAGUGUGCUUAGAAGUGCUCUGAGAUACAUUCAGACAUUAAAGAGGAAAGAGAAGGAGUACGAGCACGACAUGGAGCGACUGGCCAGAGAGAAGAUUGCCACAAAGCAACGCUUAGAAGAUCUGAAGAAGGACCUGAGCCAGUGGAUGGACGCCAUCGAGAUCGACCGCCUGCUACGCGAGACAGUCCAGCCCGAGGAGGACCAGGCCUCGACCUCCACCGCCUCAGAAGGUGAAGACACCAUGGACGAUGACCUGGAUGAGGACACUGUGCCCAGAGUGCCAAAUGCCUUAACCGCGGUUCCUCCCAACAUGAAACAUGACCAGAUCAAGACUGCAGCACCUGCUCAGGUCACGACCCCGUCAACUGCCCCCGCUGCCUCGUUCAUCACACAGCACAUCUCAUUCCAGCACCGAGCCCCAAAGCUCCAAAACCUGCCCAUGACUCUUUCACAGCCAGCAUCAAAUCGUGCAGCCCCGCCCCCACCCAUAACACCCAGCACGCUCCCCACCCCCAGUCCAGCAUUACUGACUGCCCAUAAGCAAAUAGUGACCACGCCCAGCCUGCAUCCGACUGUUAUCGCCCGCGCUUCAGUGUCCCAUGCUUCAGUUAUCCAAGCUGUCAAUCACGUCAUGCAGCCAGGAGGUCCCAAACAUGUCGCCCACCUCGCCCCCUCCACCACAGCCAGCUCUGUCCACUUGGGCCCUGCCCACCAGCCCAUCGGACACAUCACCGUGCACCCAGUGGCUCACCUGAGUCAGCACCUCCCCGCUCUCUACCCGCAGUCGGUGGCCGUCACCCAGCCGAGUGUGGUGGGUCACAUCGCACACACCCUCAACCACGCCCAUGUGAACGGCACCACGCCUGCCCAGCAAGGCGCCGCCAUCAUUGGCAAGCAGGCGACUGUGGGUGCCCAAAUGGUGACCCACCACCCUCAGCUGGUGGGACAGACAAUUCUCAAUCCUGUCACCAUGGUGACCAUGCCCUCCUUCCCCAUCAGCACCCUGAAGCUGGCCUGAGCGCCGCUGCCGCAGCCAAGGACAUCAUCAUGUCUGCACAGCAGGUAGCGUCACAGGCACCACAUCAGAAGGCCUACAGGGAGACAGCCGAGCAGCUGUGAACACCUCAGUGAUCCGUGUUGCUCAGAAGCACUGCAGCGGUCACAACCGAACAUUCCUGAAACUGAAAACUUGCAUGUUCUGAAAUGACGACCGGUCAAGUGUGAUUUAAGAAGACAACAGGCAGGCGUGCACAGACCAAAGUCUGUGUGGCGGUCCAGUAAAAUCACUGUCCUGCAGUUAUCUUCAGCUGUCUACUCUGUGUACUGCAGGCUGGAACAGUGAUGUCACUCAAACUUCCUGUAGCCGUGUCAAAAGUUCAACACUCGAGGAUGGAAAUAACCUUUAAAUGUGGUUGUGAUAAUGUUAGCAAAUGAAAGAAUUUUACGCAUUAAGAGCAUUUACUUUGAACGCCACAUUAAACACUAAAAGAUGUUCUGAAGGUUUUAGAAUGUGAACAUGAUGGAAUCACAUGGAAAACGUACUGUGCCAAAGGCUUGGCUACAAAGUAUUUUAUGUUUUGAAUAGUAUCUAUGAUUUUACCAUGUUGAUCAGUCACUGAUUAUAUACCAUUUGUUGUUUUUGUGAAAUCAUGCAUAAAAAAAAACACACAUUUGGAAAAUGGAGUUAGAAUGAUAUGGGAGGGGGGAAAAAAAAAAAAUCUAUAUUUUUACAGAAACACUAGGGUGCCAAAGACUUGCACAGUAUGUUUGCCUGCUAUGACUCUGAUUUUAUUUAUAUAUAUAUAUAUAUAUAUAUAUAAAUGUUUUUAUUUUUCCCAAACAGGAUUGUCAGUUGCCCAAGUGAAAAAUAAAUUUGGCAGUGGAUUGUUGAAGGUUUCUGGUUGGAAUUAAGUCACACAGUGUUAUUAACCCCCCCCCCCCCCUUUUUUUGGAUGCACUGUGAAGUUUAGUUUGUAUAAUUUGUCAUCGUCCCUGCAGUUUAACGGUGCUUUUGCUGUAACAGCAACACGCUGCCUUCUUCUAAUUUAAUCCAAAUGUAUUGAUUUGUGCAAUAACCUGUUUUUAGCACAUCAGAAGUUCAGCCAUUUAAAAUCAAAUAAACAAUGUGAUCAAAGUAA